ACUACAAUCUUUAGGAUGGUGUGUAAGCGAGGAAAUUUUUUUAUUGUAAAAUUGAACGUGCAAGAUGUCAUUUGAUAUAGCGAUUUUUUAUCAUCAAGUUCAUCUUUUUUAAUUUAUUGAUUGAUAGCGUUAUAAAAUGAGUGCCGAAUUGUUAGGAUUUCGAUCAAAGUUCAAUUAACGGUUAAAUGCAUAUUUCAUGACAGUUAACUUAUCAAGAAAUAUGCAGAGUGUUUUUUUCAACUGACUUUUGCAUAUGUUUAUCUUUCUUUUUUUUCUUUCUACGUUGAAGCUGUGCAAGAAGUUUAGUUGAAAAGAUUACAGACCAUUACAUCUUAUGUGUCAUAGAUAGGAUUAUUAACUUUAUUUGUAGUUUGACGCAUGUAGAAAAGAAAGAUUAGAUUAAGGCUCACGAAUUGUAUAAUGAGAAAUUAUAAGUAUUUGUACCGCGAUUGAAUAAUCACCGAUUAUUUUAAAUCAAACUUUAUCUUCACAUUAAAUUGUUAAUUUAAAAUCAAAUUUAACUCUUCGCCAGAGAUGAAAUUACGAAUUAAUCGAUCAUUAUCGAGGCACUAUCGAUCACGGACAAUUAUUGAAAAUUUGAAAUCGAUUAUUCGGACGACGUUAAUUUUUUUAAAUACAUUGCUCGUUUUGAACCUGCACUAUAUUAUAUGUAAUUAGCUAGAAUUUGUUUUUUACCGUAAUAUGGAAGAAAAGAUCACAUUAUGGAUAAAGCGUUAUUCGAGUAUGCGAGAUUUCGCCGGAUUGAUCUCGUUAAUCUCGGCGGGGGUCCAAGUCAAAAAGUCGCCCCCGAAGGGACACCGAUGUUGCGACUCUCCUCCGAACAGCGGCAGCACAAGGGACGCGACCCGGGAGGGCGAGAAGAAGGGCGGCGCGGGGGUGGAGGCGGGACGACGCACCGCGCCGGUCGAAACUGGGAACGUCAAAUCCGGGCGGGCGUCCAGGACGUUUAUCUCCAGCCGCCGCCUCUCCGCCUCGCGCCCUCGUUAUCGUCUCACUACGUGUCUUCUCCCUCGCCGUCUUCCCUCGCCGGUCUCUCUCUCUCGAAAAGGAAGCCCUUUUUUUUUCAAAUCCUUCCGCGAUCGACCCGCGUCGACAACAAUCGGAAAUUCUCGGGCUCAGGAUCAUCCGGCUGCGGCGAGUGCGCAUUUUUUGCAUUUUAUUAUCCUGCGGCUGCUCCAUAUCAGCGGGUACACUCCACUUCGCUUCGCUCAGCUUCUGCCCCGCCGCUGCAAAAGGUUUUCCAAGGCUCUCUCUCUCUACCCUACGUGCACUUGUUUUGCUGUCACGACGAAAGUGUGAUGACAAUUCGGUCGUCAAUUAAAUUCCAUCGUCGCCGAGAAAAUUGCGCAAGAAUACGGAAUCCGGAAUUUCUCGGUGUACCCGCAGAGGAGAGAUUCGCGAGCUGUGUUUUGCCGCGGGACAAUUGUUCGAGCGCGGUACGUCUCGAUCGUCUGUGCCUUUCGAAUUUUGCUGUCGCGCACUGUUCGUGAAAAAGAGAGAGAAAAAAAGACGACGUUGGUGAAUCUCCUGGAGAUACUGAGCUCUCUGGACGAUACGGCGCGCGUCAAUUGUAGUAGCUGAUGACCUGUUAUGUUUACCAGGUCGACGAUUUAAGCGGAUUAUUUUAUUCCGCAUGAGGCGGCGCCGACGGCCACACGACGAAGAAGUAGAGAAACGAAAAGGAGCUUUGAAUCAAACAUUUGUGACUGUAAAGGGCGCGGGCUGUUAAGUUGUUGACCUUAUCACGUUUGCUUGUACUUCAAAAUAUUUGUUAAAUUUUUGACUGUUAAGUCUAUUGAGAAACUCUCAUAGUUUCUUCGUUGAGCCGAAUGGAAUUUUGCAAUAUUAAUUUAUAAAAGAUUUUAAAGGAGAAAGAAGAUUAUUAUUCUCUCGGAAGUGAUAUUUUACGCUGUACAGGAAGGGCAAUAAGAAUAGAUAUACGCGAGGUGGAUGAUACGCAGGAACAAUGUUCAAGUGUUGCGGGUGUAAAAGCACGUCGAAGGACGCGGAUGACACGCCGGUCGGAUCGCCCAGGCUUUCCGUCAAGGAGGAAAUCGACGACGAGAUUAAAUCCGCGACGAGGGUAGACGUAGUGAAUGGCGAAGUGCAGAACUCGGAGAGGACAUCCUUGGUAGAGGAUAAGGACGUCUCGCCAGAGGAUAAGGACGUCUCGCUAGCGGAUAAGAUUACCUCGUUAGAGGAUAAGAAUGCCUCGUUAGAAGAGAAAAACAUCUCGCCAGAGGAUAAGGUCAUCUCGGUAGAGGAUAAGGACGCUUCGCUGGAAGAUAAAAAUGCCUCCCCAGAGGAUAAGGACGCUGCGCUAGAAGACAAGAACACCUUGUUGGAUAGAAAUGUCUUGCUAGAGAUUAAGAAAGCCUCGUUAGAAGAUAAAAUCACCUCGCUAGAGGAUAAUAUUGCCUCGCUAGUGGAUAAUAUCGCCUCGCUAGCUGAUAAUAUCACCUUGCUAGAGGAUAAGGUCAAGGUAGAGGACAAGGACGCUUUGUUAGAGGGUGCGCCACCAGAGGAUAAGGACGUCUCGCUAGAAGACAAGAACACCUUGCUAGAAGAUGAAGACACCUUGCUGGAGAAUAAGGACACCUCGCUAGAAAACAAGGACACCUUGCUAGAAGAUAAAGACGUCUCGUUGGAGGAUAAAAACGUCUUGCUAGAAGAUAAGAAUAUUUUACUAGAAGAGAAGAACGCCUUGUUAGAGGAUAAGAAUGUCUUGGUAGAGGAUAAGGAUGCCUUGCUGGAGGAUAAACACAUUUCGCCGGAGGAUAAGAAUGCCCCGGUGGAUUUUCACCCUUGGAUUUCUACCCCGCCGCCAGUUCCCGCCUUUUUCAUUCCGCAGAACGGAAGCACCGAUGUCGAGGAGAGCUCGAGUUCGACCUCGACGAAGAAAACGGUCGAGGAAGCCGGUGAAGAAAUCAGCGUUCGGAUCGUUGAUGACAUGGAUGAUACCAACCUCGAAGUCACCGAAGUUUGGACUGAGGAAGUCGAUUCUGUUAGUGCUAUUGGUCCCGUCAAAACAAAUCUUUACGACGACACGUCGGGAUAUAUAGAAAGGACGAUCGAUGACGGACCGGAAGAUGAGGGUGACGACUCGGUAUUCGAAGAUGAAAACAAGAUUGCAUGUCUCUCGAAGAAUAAAACGCUCGACGUUGUUGUUUCCGUAGUUCCACGUUGGCUGUCGGAGGAAGAUGACGGCGAAUACGUCUUGAGCGGAUGCAGCGGCAUGCAGGAACCGCCGGCGACGCCCGUCGCCCGCGACGAGUUAGCUUUAAGGCGGCACAGAUUUUUCUCCGAUCUGUUGCAAGCUGCGCAGAAUUCGACGGAACACCGAGUGAGAUUCGACCCGCUAGGACCGAUGGUGCACACCGGUAACGAAAGUACCGAUAAAGAAGAUCAUCUAGAGGAGUUGGUGAACCGAUUGGAAAACGUAACGAGACGACUCGAAAACGUACACUUUGGAGUAAAGACGCAAGACACCGCUGUACAAACGAACACACCUUCUCCGAAGAGAUUGUCUACGUCGCCGUCGUCAGAAAGUAAUUUGUCUCCAUCACCGAAGCCGGAAAUUCCGAAUCUACUUGUAGACAUGUCGAUUGCCGGAUAUGAAGAUCUUUUGGCCGGGCCGGUUAGAGAAUACUUACAAUUAAGUCAAAAAAUUGGUGGCGAUGUAGCCGUUCAUAGCAAGCUUGUGGAGAAGGCUUUUCAGAUUCAGUUUCAAUUUGUACAAAUGGCAGCGAGUCGUCCCGCACCGGCGAAUCAAUCCGAACAAAUAUCUUUAUUGACACCCAUGUCUGCACAAAUACAACAGAUUCAAGAAUUUCGCGAGAAAAAUCGUGGAUCCCCAUUCUUUAAUCACUUAUCGGCAAUUAGUGAAAGUAUCCCAGCUCUAGGAUGGGUUGCCGUGUCUCCUACGCCAGCUCCCUACGUAAAGGAAAUGAAUGACGCCGGUCAAUUUUACACUAAUCGUGUAUUAAAAGAUUGGAAAGAAAAAAACAAAAUACACAUAGACUGGUGUAAAGCGUGGGUGCAAACGUUGACCGAUUUACAACAGUAUGUUCGUCAACAUCAUACGACGGGUUUAGUAUGGGGAAAGCCUGCACCUGCUGGUGUACCUGGUGGUAUACCACCGCCUCCACCACCCUCGAUGCCAAUCGGAGAUAUUGCACCGGUAUUGAAUGACGACAGGAGCGCUCUUUUUGCUCAGAUUAAUCAGGGAGAAGAUAUCACGAAAGGUUUGAAAAAAGUAACUUCAGAUAUGCAAACACAUAAAAAUCCUGGUUUGAGGUCUGGGCCUGCACCAUUUAAAGCGCCAAUAGUUAACGCAGCAUCAAUGAAAACUGUGUUGCCGGCGAACGCGCCUAUUGAUAAGCCACCUGUAUUUACUAGAGAUGGCAAAAAAUGGCUCGUGGAGUAUCAUAAGGGUGAGAAUUUAGUAAUCGAUAACGUAGAGAUGAAUAACGUGAUUUACAUGUUUCGAUGCCAAGAUAGCACACUUACUAUCAAAGGCAAAGUAAAUUCUAUUGUUAUGGAUUCCUGUCGUAAAUCGUCUGUUGUAUUCGAUUCCCUGGUGUCCAGUAUCGAAUUCGUUAAUUGUCAAAGCGUACAAAUGCAGGUUCUCGGGAAGGUACCUACAAUUUCCAUUGAUAAAACGGACGGUUGUCAAAUGUAUUUAAGUAUGGAAUCCUUGGGUGUUGAACUUAUCACUAGCAAAUCUAGUGAAAUGAAUGUCAUGGUGCCCAAAGCCAAUGGAGAUUAUAGCGAGUAUCCAGUGCCGGAGCAAUUUAAAACUACUAUUAGCAAGAACGGUCUUAGCACCACGGCCGUCGAUUCCCUUGGUUAAAAGCACGAGGAAUUUAUUUAUAUGCAUAGCCUACGCAUCUUUUUAACAAAAUAAUUAAAGGUAUGAUCGUCAAAGAUAUUAUCAAUUUAUUAUUAUUAUUAUUAUUUAUUAUUUUCUGCGAAUAAUGCGCAGUGAUAAAGAAAAUAACAGAUUCAGUAUUGUAUGUUUCGCUUAUGUGUAAGGGAUUGGCUUCGAUCAUAUAUGUCUACUAUGUCAUAUGUCACUACGUUCCUGAACGUGUAAUGAGUUGUAUACAUCGAUGAAAUGUUUGAGGAUUCUUAAAUCGUCAGGCUAAUAAUUACAUUGAAUCGCUGAAUUGGAUAUCUUGAAUCAAGAUAGUCGACUUUUGCAAAAUACUGAACUCCUUUAAAUGAUUGUAAUAUAUCUAGCGGAGUUUGUGAAUUACUAUGGAAUUUUUUUGUGGAUAGGAAUUUGUAUAUUUUAAGAUCGAAAGUAAGAGGACAUAACGAAUCAUGUUAAACAUAGUAGGACAAAAGUUUUAUCGUCUUCGAAUCGCUCUUUUAUACAUUUACACCAUUUUUUAUCAUACGAGAAGUUUUGCUCAAACCUGUCGAUGCACAGAACUUGCUGGUACACCAAUGGAUAGAAUGUACAUUGUUACAUGUACAUCAGGAACCAGACUACUAGGCCUCUGAGCAUUACUCCUAAAUGGUGUCGGAUACCAUCAUCAAUAGUUCGAUAUGCUUUACCUCUAAACUUUAACUCUAUUCUAUAGAGUUCGGUAUAUAUUUACAUAUGGGAUAUCAAUAAUCGAGAAUUGGAAUGAAAAUUUAACAGUGUGACAUUUAACGAGAGUACGCUAAUACUGAUAUUACUUAAAUAAAAUCACUUAAUCCUCUCAGAAUAGUGCAAUGAAGAAAUACUCUUUGUGGAACAAAAAUAAAAGUUUUUUUCUCACUAUAAACGUAUAUACGUUCAUAGAGCAAAAUAUAUAUAUAAACUUGAUUUUUAGUGCAUAUAUGCACUACAAUACUCAAAGGGUUAAGUAAAUUUAUUUAAGUAUUAAAUGAUGACAUUUGCAAUGAACAAUAGCGACAUCAUAAGCAAUUAUUUGUUUGUCCGUAUUGCAUAAUAUGUAAUAAAUACAUAAUUAUUUCAUCUAUUUUAAUAUAAUAACAGUAUUGUGAAUUUAUUUACAAAAAUUUUUAUUUAAACAUUAAUAUGUACGAUAUAUUUAUUAUUUUUUGUCGAUAUAAUUUUUGGUGAUGAAUCUGACUAAUAAAUCUAAUAAAACGAAGUGGUAUAUCAUUCGUUGUAUCGUCGCUAUAUCAUGUUGCACAAUAUUUUUAAAUUGCCCAAGUAAAAAUUGGGGACAAUGAAAACAUGAAUUUUACAAAAAGAAUAUAUUUGUUGCCGUCUCUUCUUGUAAGUUUUACAUUAAUUUCAUAAUAAUUUUAUGAUAUGUAUACAUUGAACUGAAAAUAAGCCAUGUCUUUUUACAUUGUAGACUAGACUCUCUUUAUUUGAUCAAAUUUUACCAAUAGCAUAAAGUGUCUUAAAGUACCUAUCUAAAAGCAAAAUUAACAUAGAUUUCGAGUUACAUUAGUUCCAAUUGACAUAUGUAAACAAGAUUAUAUCUGUAGAAACUAAAAUAACUGACGCGAUAUUGAGAGAUUUGCAAUGUUCUAAAUAAAUAAUCGUAAAAUUU